AUGGCAAACGCCCUUGUUAAUUUUUUGUAAAUUUUUACAAAAUUGUGUAAAAGAUAUUGUAUAUUUUCGAUAAUCGGCCUUAUUUACAUGACAAGGGAGUGUAUAAAUAUGCUAUCUUUACUAUUUCGUUAAUUCAACAGGAGCAUCGAGUGAUAAAUAUGCGUUUUAAGCAGACAAAGCCACAACAUGUUAAGAAGAAAGAUGAAGCUAGACAAGCUGGUGGUACAGUAGCAACGCUAGUGCAGCAGCCAUCCAUUGAGGAUUGGGAAGGAUAUGAUUGCGUGGAUGGAGAUGUUGGCCACAUGAAUGCAGCUGAUGAUCGUGAUGAUAGAGAUCACAGGAGUCAGUUUACGAGGCACCUAACAGAGUCUCCACAAAAUGGGGACACUGUGAUGGAUAUGGGCCCCAUGCUAGAGCUAUACACUCACGAUGAGUGUAACGGGUCCAGCACCUCACCUGAGCAACUACUUGAUGACCCUCCAACACCAGCAGUAGCAGAGAAUGAUGUCAUUAUACAGGGGCGGCGACCAAUAUUUUCUGAGUCAGAGGAAAGCAACAUAGCAAGUCAACUUAAACAGUGGAAAGAGCAAGGUAUGAAAUACACAAGACUGGAUGUUGUCAAGAUGGCUUCUGAGUAUGCUGUUCAUCUUGGGAAACGACCACAGGGAAGACCUUUGACAGUAAAAUGGUUUCGCAGUUUCUUGACUCGACAUCCAGAAUGCUACAUAAGAAAGUCCAGGAAAACUAAGAAUGAGCGACCUGAGAAGCAGCACUUUAAUCAGCUAGACACAAUUCUAACCACAUACAAUAUUAAAGAGAGUCCACACUGCAUAUUUAGCCUUGUUGAGCUUACAUUGCCAAUGCUUAAAAAUGGAGAAGUCUCUAUGCCCGAAGACCUUAGCUUGAAUGGUGCUAAUGGUAGUAGCACCAACAAGAAGCUGUGCUUGCAAGGAAAACUUCCUUCCAGCCUUCUUUUCUGUGGGAGUGCUGCUGGGCAAGCUCUGCCACCAUUUCUUAUAUAUUUGGGCAAGACUUUGGAUAAGUCUGUGCUGUCUGGUGCCACUCCUGGGGCAAGUGGGGUUGCCAGCUCCACUGGGCGAGCCACUUCCGAAGUUUUAGUCUCAUUCUUGAGAGAGCAUUUUUUGUCACAGGCCCCAGGACGCUCUGGGGAUACUCUCAUUCUCCUUCUGGACUCCAAUCUUGGUCGGUGCCUCAACCAGAGUGUUAUAGAUUUGGGCUCAGCCUUUAAAGUUGUGUUUGUGACGGCUCAGACGUCACUUAAUCCACAGCUCCAUCCUAUGGCUGUUGGUUGUUGCAAUACAUUUCAGAGAGAGCUAUGCUACGAACUGCAAAAACCCCUUUAUUCAUCAGAGUCAACCGCCAUAUCCUCUAAUUCUAUCUGUGAGUUCUUAUGCCGCCUCUAUCAUCGCAACAUGUCUGCCGAAAAUUUGCACACCACAUUUCGAAAAGCAGGAAUUUUCCCUUUUAAUCCCUCCAUCUGCCGUAAAAGAUAUGGCUCAGCUGUUAUACGACCUGCCAACUCCACUGGCUCAUCAGCCAAGUACUUCAACCAAGUUGCAGGAAACCUGGCAACUGUUUUGAAACCUUAUGAGGAUGAUGAUGAACUUGAUGGAAACCCAGCAGAUGACGAUGCUGACUUUCAGUAGAGGUGCUAAUUAGGGAUGGAUUGAAGAGAAGGCUAGAGUUUGUGUUUGUUGUAACUUCUUGUAACCUGUGCACUUUAACCUUGUUGGAUAUUUACCUUACUCACACAUUUAGUGAAAUAAUAUGGUGCUCAUUGACCAAUAUAUUGUCAUGUUUAACUCAAUAUCCUUGCCAAAAGAAAACAUAAGAAAAGUAAUUCAUUUGUACAGCCUCUUCAAUGUUUUGGUACUAACAGGCAUUGACCACAGGAUCUCAUUCGCUCAAUUUACAAUAAGCAUCCUAGAGAUUUCAAGUAGUUUGUGUUGCUCGGACAGUCUCAUUUCAAAAGUAUUAGCCACUCAAAGUUGUUUGUUUUUUGUUUUGGUUUGAUUUUUUUUUUGCUUUAAAUGUUUUUAUUUUUUAUUAGUUUUAACUAUCUUAUUGUAAUGUGACUGCUAAGAAAUGUAUAAAACAAAAAUCUAUUCAUAACUGUUUAUUAAAAGUGAAUUUAGAUUAGGGUUGAUUUUGUAGAUUAAUAUUUGGCUGUUGGUCUGAAAUUCUCAGGAUUCAAUAUUAUUGGGAUAUUACUUGUUAUUUCAAUUUUGAGAUGCAGUUUUUUUCUUUGAAUCAGAGAUAUGAAUACAAUCCCCAGAGCUCAUUAAGUUUCAGAUAAGUACUAUACUGUAGCUGAAUAUGAUGUUUAUGAAGGAAGGGAGCAUUUGGUAGACCACAAUACACCACUGCACUGUUUAAUCUUGUCCACAGUGCUUGUGUAUAUGACUUCAUCUGCCAUUUGGAUGUAUAAAACUUAACAGUAAUUUAGUCAGUUUUUUUUGUUUUUUUUUAAUAUUGUAACUUCUAAUUAAAAUUUUUAUUAGCUGUAAAUAAAUUUAAAAUGUAUUUGGAAUGGAUACAUAGGCUUAGCCUUCAAACAGUUUAGUAGUACAAACUGCCCAACUUGGGCUUUCUGUCCAAUAAGCAGAAAACGGAUAAAAGGUCCAAAAUGUUGUUAUUGGCUUCACUUUUUUUGUGAAAUGUUCAGCUCUUUAUUGCUCAGUUAGAUAUUUUGAUAUUUUAUUUAUCAGUCAGUUUUUAUUUAUAUAUAUAUAAUCUAUAUAUAUAUAUAUAUUUAUACACACCUUGUUGCUAAUGGCAAUAGCUUCUAGUCACAACACCCCCUUUUUUUUUCUUCAUGUUAUUGUUGUGUGUCUGUUUAACUUAAUUCUACUUCUGUUCUGCCAACUUGAUGUUCAUUAUUUUGUUAUAUUGCAAAAUUUUUGUUUUUUUUGUUUUAU